AUGUUCUCCGAACAGCAAUUGUCCAUUAACAAAAUCAUAGGGCAAAAGCAAGCAGAGGAGGACGUAUCGGUCACACAAGAACCCCCCUACCUCCCAUCCCCCACCCGUGAUCAGACCACGUACGAAACCUUCCAUUUCACAUCUCCUCCCCCAGUCACAACGCCUCCUACCUCCACCCCAAACCCCUCCUCCACACCCUCCACGCCCAUACCCACGAUCGGCAGUCCACCCCUCCCAAAAGCCUCCCCUCUCUCCCUGCCCGCGGCCAGCCAGCUGCCUCGUGCCCUUGCUGACUCGCCGACCUUCAAUUUUGCUGAGCCAUCCGCGCGCCCGGAGCCCGGAGCCCCGGCCCAUACGGACUCCCCCUUCCCCCAAGUCCACUAA